GCGUAAUUCAGCAGAGUUCUCAAACUUCUGAAAAUCGGUGCGGUCAUAUCAUCGAACUUUUGCAGGUGCAGAAAAGAAUAACUUACUGGAAUCUCAUGGAAAUUUGGAACUAAUUAUACAAUAUAGGAUAUUGUAUAUGGUACAAUACAAUAUACUACAAUAGGAUGCAAUAUGAUACAAUAAGCCAUUGAGCUACCUGAAACAGCCACGUUGCAAUAAUAUAUGGAUAGUAUAUUGACUACUAUAAUAUACAGACUGCAAUAUUUUAUGGAUUUACUGAAUUUAUCUUAAAAAGAUGUCACCAACAAAUGAAAUGAAUCUAGGAUUAAUAUAUUUAUUUAUCAUUUCUUUACUGUUAUAUGAAAUAAAGACAGAAGAAGCAACAGUUAAUUUUCUACCAGACUGUGGAGCUGCUGAUAAUGAACCACAAAGUGUUCAUGUGACGAUCGAAGAAAAUUCCAUCCAGCAAAGUUCAUAUAUUUGCUUUGAUAGAAUCUGCUCAGAUUUCGAUGAUGAUUUAGAUUAUAGUUUGCAGGGCAGUGAUAUGGAUAGUGAACUCUUUUAUUUGGGUUUGGAGCCUGAAAAUGAGUCUGUAACAUGCUUGUUUCUAUGGCAACCACUUGAUCGAGAGAAGAAAGCAAGUUAUAAGUUGACUGUUAAGGCUACGGAGUCCCGUCCCUAUCCAAAUUCAGCAUAUUUUUACGUCAUCAUUACUGUAGCAGAUAUGAAUGAUUACCCACCAACGUUUCGGAGAGCAAAUUAUGGAUUCAAUGUGUAUUCAUUUACUCCAGUAGGGAGGGCUUUAGCAGUAUACACUGCAAAGGAUUUUGAUAAAGGAGAAAAUGCAACACGAUUAUAUAGUAUUGAAGAUAUGCGGAUGGAACCCCCAUCAGAAGUAAUUGAUCCAUGGGAGACAUUUGCCGUUUUCAACAAUACUGGAGGCAUUUAUUUACUCAAGCCUUUAACAGAAUUUGGCGAGUGUUAUAUAAAUCUAACAGCUACAGACAUGGGUGUGCCACCUCUAUCAGGCAGUACAACAGUGAGUGUGGUCUACAAUUCUGGCACCAAUAAAGCACCAAUUUGUGCAGAUACCAUGAAUUAUGCCCUGAGGGGCCCUGUUCCUAAGAAUUACAGGAUAGGCAGUAUUGAAUGUUUUGAUGAGCAUAUGAACCUAUUGCAAUACAAUAUUACUGAGUUUCUAGUGAGUUACUCAAAUAACACGUCUACCUUGUUGCCGUUAAACCCAAAUGACACCUCCACAUCCCCUGGUGAUGUCAAAAUACAUGUUUCCACCACCCCUGCUGGCAGUCCGGCAAAUUCACCCAGUACACCCGAAAUAACUGUGCCAAUAGAUGGCAGAACUGAAGCAUAUGGGCCAUCUGGUGAUCAGUCGAACACAUCAAUGGAAACAGAAGAGGGCAGUGCUGGAUCUCCACAUUUGGAUUCAUCGUUGGAGGAAUAUUUAAAAACUUUUGAUCCUCUGUCGGAAUAUAUCCAUGGCGCAGAUGCUGAACCCUAUUUCUACAUAACACAGACAGGCAAUCUGAAGGCCUCUAGAGUGCUUGAUGGAACCACCUACUCCAAGUUUGCCUUUAGGAUCAUGGUAGAAGAUCAUGCAGGCCUCAGUGUUGAGAUGUUUAUAACAGUGGCGGUAACACCUAACCGACCAGUUGUAUGUGGCCCUGUUGACACAGUUAGUGCUGCGAUACAAGAGAAUUUCAUGAUCAGUCAGCCAUCUUGUUUUCACAUCAUCGAGACCAUAUGUUCGGAUAGAGAUGAUGAUUUAGACUGCAUAAUUGAACCAGGAAAUCCCCAAUCUGAAGAGUAUGAAGACAGUUUUGUAUUAGAACCAUUCCAGUUUGGGAACUUUGAAUGGUGCCUUGGCCUUCAGGAAAGUACUAUGUUUGAUAGGGAGAGAAUCUCUCAGUUAAAGGGAAAGGUGACUUGUACAGAAAGGAACAGCAUACAAAAGUAUAGUGACAGUUACACAGUGCUGUUGAAUAUCCUUGAUGUUAACGACAAUACGCCUCAGUUCUUGAAUGAGCCAUAUGAUUGGAUGGUUGGUGAGCUGUCAAUAGGGGACAAGUUUGUGGUUCAGGCAAUAGAUAGAGAUGCGGGAAACAAUGGCACUGUUGUGUAUUCAUUCAGUGAAACAAAUAGUAAUUAUUUGAUGGAUCGAUUUAUGGUGAAUUCUACAAAUGGCAGUAUUACACUGGUGAAAAGGCUAGAUGCAACCCUGGGAACAUCAUACACCAUCACGAUACAGGCUACUGACCUUGGGAGUCCGCCCCUAUCCUCUAAAGCUAACAUUACAAUAAAAAUUCUGAAUGUCAAUGAGGCUCCCGUGUUCUCACACAGAGUCUAUAAUGCCUCAGUUGAUGAGACGUUCCCAGGCGGGACAAGAGUUCAGGUAGAUCCUGGAGUGACGCAGGAUUAUGCUAGCGAUCCUGAUAAGGACACUUUGCUUUACAUCCUCACAGAAUCCAAUCCAGAAUCGGCACUGCUAUAUUUCGUGAUUGACCCCAUGAGUGGAGGAUUGUCAAAGACAAGUCGUAAUUUGAGUGACUUUGCCGACACAGAGGUACAGCUGCAUGUCCAAGUUGUGGAGAUCAGUACAGAGGAGCUCUUAUAUGAUAAUGCUACCAUCAAUAUUAAGAUUGAGGAUGUUAACUCUGCCCCUGUGUGUGACGUGCCCAGCACACCAUUCAUUCUUAGCCCUAUAGCUCCAGUAGACUCUAUGAUUGGCCAAAUUUCCUGCAACGAUUCUGAUGUGAAAAGCAAUUUCAGAACUUUGACAUAUACAUUAGAAAAUGAAUAUUUCUCCGUUGAAUCAAAUGGGCAGAUACGGGUGAAACAAGCUGUUAAUGUCAACAUUGAGUCAUACAGUCUUCAAGUUAGAGUGUCUGAUCAGGCUGCUGAACCUCUGUCAACCACUGUCCAAGUACAAGUUGAAAGAUCAAGCACUGAUGGGUUUGGAGUAAAAUGUAGUGAAACUGACAUAACAUCAGAAAUACAGGAAGACACAUCAAUUGGAAAAUGUAGAAGCCAUGAUAUACUAUGUGUAAACCCCUUAGAAAUUGGCAAACCAACGGAAAUUUCCAUUAAAGCUGACAAUAUGAGUCCAACAUUUACUGUAGAUCAAACUGUUCAGAACACAGGGGCCAGAUCUUUCAAUAUCUGCCUUGGUGUGAACCUAGAUUACAAUUCAAGGAAAACAUAUUCUUUGGAGCUAGUGUCAAGUAAUGAGCUUGGAAGUGUUACCUUGGCGAUAACCUACAACGUGUUGGAUGUGAAUGACCCCCCAGUAUUCACCAAGGAUGUGUACCAAGUCAGCGUCUCUGAAAAGGUUGACAUUGGAGAAGAAAUUCUACAAGUAUCUGCUACAGAUAAAGAUCUAGGAGAUCAGCUGACAUAUUUGGCUGAUCCAGAAUCAUUUUUGUUGGAACAUCUGUACUUGAACCAAUCCACUGGUCAGAUCACCAGUUUACAAUCACUCAGUAAUUUCACGGAGGAGACCAUCCAAUUCAGCCUCAGUGUUGUUGACGGGAGCGAAGCAGGGUCAAUGACACAAGUUGAGAUUACAAUAGUUGAUAUAAAUGAUUCUCCUGAAUGUGAGGCCCAACAAUUUCAAGUGAACUUGACGUCACAGAUUGGGUAUAUUUUGGCCAGAUUGACCUGUACUGAUCCUGAUAUCAGAGCCACCUAUAGGAACUUAACAUACAACAUUGUUGAAGCAGAAGAGAGGGAAGAGGAUAAAGAGUUUUUUGAAAUCUUACCAAAUGGAGACUUGGUUGUCUCUGAGCGACUGAGUGUCAACAAAUCGCAAUACCUCAUCCAGUACUUCGCAACUGACCAGGGGGAGCCACCACUCAGAAGUCAAUUAAAAAAUAUACUGAUAAAUGUCAACUUAAUACCAUCAGCCCCAGUUCUUCAGGUUGAGACUGUUAAUGAGACAACAUUGAUUGCAAAAUGGGACUUCUUCCCCCAGGACCACAAGUCCCUGGUUGUAGAGUACACUCUAUUUUUGAACAAUGCCAGGAUUAGUGUAGAGUCACAUUUGACAUCUAAGGCAAUCACAGGACUUGAGGCCAAUACUUCAUAUACUCUUAUAUUGAUAGCCAAGACUGCAGGAGGAGACAAUGUUCAAUCAAAUAGGGUGACAGCCUCUACCGAUGCUAGGUUUGAUGACUGUGCCAGUGCACCAUGUCUUAAUGGGGCCAGCUGUGAGGAUGGUAUGAAUACCUUCACAUGUAGUUGUGCUUUUGGUUACCAGGGAACCACAUGUGAUUAUUUGAAUCAAGCCCCAGAGUGUAAUCAGACUAAAGUGAAUGUAGGAGUGCUUGAAUCUCUCCCUGGCCUGUUGAGUAGUAAUUCUGAUACUUGCCUACAAGACAUCAAUUUAGUGUGCAGUGAUCCUGAUGACACUAUGACAUGUGAUUAUGAAAUCAUAGAAGUAGCCGAGGGGCUGUUAGAUAAUGACGAAGAAUCUCCCUGGGUUAUCCUAGGGGCUGAGACUCAGUGUCUGGCUCUGAGGCAGGGGGUGGGAUUUGACAGAGAAAUUGCCACCCCUAAUAAUGGCAGAGCUGCCCAGUUACAAAUCUAUUGUAUAGAAGAUAACGAAUUUGGUAGUGAUCGUGGGGCAUCUUUUACGGUCAAUUUCUACAUUUAUGACAUCAAUGAUAAUGCGCCAACAUUUGUGAACCUAGAAGACACAGUUCAACGUGAGAUAAAUGAAACUGAAAUUGGGAAGAUUUUAGACGUCCAAGCAUCAGAUUUAGAUUCAGGAAAUAAUUCCGUAGUUGAGUUCUCUUUAGCUAAUCUGCCUGAUGCAUUUGCUGAUGUGAUAACAUUAACAUGGACUCCAUCAAGAAGUGCAACUAUCAGUAAUACGAAACGAUUUAAUGCCACGGAGACACCAAACAUUACAUUCUCAGUUGUUGCCACUGAUAAAGGUACCCCACCACUUUCCUCCAACAUUACACUCAUACUAACCAUCCAAGAUGUUAACGAGCCACCUGUGUGUCAGCCAUUUGCAAGCAGCAUCUCUGUGAAUUAUACAGUGAUAUCUCAAAGCGAUGUAAUUGGUCAGGUUGAAUGUUACGAUGGUGACGCUGAUUUAAAAAAUCGGAGGAUUUCAUACAGUAUAAAUGAAGAAAAUGUCCCCUUCAGUAUGGAUGAAAAUGGAGGUAUACUGUACAACAGAGAUGAUAGUAAGCCAGUGCCACUAAGCUACAGCUUCACUGUGACAGUGUCAGACAAUGGGGAGGUUCCUCUCUCCUUAGAGCUACCUGUACAGAUUUCUAUGUUAGCUGACCCAGACAUUGUAAUGUACCUUGUGUCUUACCAUAUGAAGUUAGAGGCCUGGAUGGGCAAUGUCCUUGACCUCCAAAGUGAGGCUUCCACACAGUUGAAGCUGUCUCUGGAUUCUGCAUUCUCUGCAAGACUAGCUGCUAUACCUGGAUACAAGGGGCUUAGUGCUGUAGCAUUGUCAAGAAGAGACAAUGGUAAUAUUACAGUGCAUAGUGAACUGUAUGUGGAUAUAAGUAGAAAUGGGGAGAAUGUAAUAUUAAUCACCAUUAAUGAGACAGUAGCUGCUGGUACACUGGGAAAUUACUCAUUAAAUCCUGAUUAUCUUCAGAUAUCUUCUCCUUCAGAUGUCUCGUUGCUAUUCAAUCUUGAACAAACUGAGGGGUUAGAAAACUUCAAUGGAACAACUGUGUCGUUUGUUUGCCAAGCCAAAGUCACACAAGGGUCAUAUGUCCCAGAAUUCCAAUGGUAUCUUGAUAACAAGCGUGUGAUUGGUGGAACAGGUCGGGUACGAGUCGUGGACAGUUCUGAGACUUCAGAUGAUGGAUUAUACGUUUCUGAGCUGAGAUUUAAUCCUGUUAAGCAGCUGGAUUCUGGCAAUAUUACAUGCAAGGCUGUAGUUUCAACUCAGAAUAUACAACUCGAGGACUCAGAGACCAUUAGCAUGGCAAUCCUGUCCCCUCCCUCUAUUGACCUUACCCCAAGGACAGUGACCAUCGGGGAAGGGGCUGAUACAAUUCUAUCCUGUGUUGCUGGGGGAGCUCAAAGCGCUCAUCCCUUAGCAACACAAGCACCAUCUAUUGAGUGGAUUGUGCCAGAGAAUGUCACUUUUGCUGUGGAUGAAGUGAGUUCCACUGAACAGAAGAUUCUGUUAAGAGCUUUAAAGGAGGAGACUCAAGUCACCUGCAAUGUGUCAAACCCAGCUGGGUCAAGAAUAGAGACUUCUAUAAUAAGCAUCUUAUCACUAGUGUCUUCUGAUAGAAGUCAGUACUGCGACACACAAACAGAUAGAAUUGGUGUGACAUGGGGUGUGACACUAGCUGGUAUGACAGACAUACAGUCUUGUCUGUCACCGCAAAUAGGUCUCUGUAGAAGAACCUGUGUUAAAGAUGCUAAUGGUAAUGCUAAAUGGGGCCAACCUGUGUAUAUUGACUGUAUUCAGCCGGACCUAAGCCAACUUGUUACACUGGUGACUCAGAAUGAGGAAGGUGUAGGAGCUAUAUCAGUAGAUGAAGUAGUUGAUGAUCUUGAAGUCAUUACCAAACAGCAGGUGAAAGAUGAGACAUUUCUCACAUCCGGUGACCUUGAAGCAUCUGCCAAGGUCAUAGACUACAUAGCCAAGGCAAAGGUUAAUAAGCGAGGUGGGGACAAAGUUCAAACCCAGAAAUUCCUCAACAGUGUUAGUAAUAUUAUUAGUGAUGAAACAAAAAAUCAAUGGGUUGAUGUCAAUACAGCUGGAUCUGGAGCAGCGGGCGUCAUGAAGUCAGUCGACGAUUAUAUUCAGAAAGAGGCUGAAGCUCUUACGAUUGGAGAAACACUAGUGCUGAAAACAGACAAUAUUGAUGCUGAGUUAAAGAAGAUCAGUACUACAUCAGGGGAGAGUUUUGAAUUCCCCCAAGCAGGUUCCGACACUUCACAGUGGGUGCUAGAUUCAAGCAACAAGUUCUCUAUUGAUAGCUCUACACUCAAUAAUCUCUAUGGGGCUGAAAAUGUGAGUGCUUCUUGCCUCUACCAUAAAUCCAUGAACUCCCUUUUGGGUACGGAAGACCCCUUGAAACAGAACACAUCAUCAGAUGGGCAAAUCAUCAACUCCAAAGUUCUCACUGUAUCACUGAAUCCUGUACCAACAAAGAAAUUGAGUCCACCGAUUGUUUUAACAUUUGGUCAUCAAGCGCAGCAACUUGAAGGACCAGAAUGUAGUUACUGGGAUUUUAAUUUGGAAGAUACUAUGAAUGGAGGCUGGUCAUCAGAUGGGUGUGAGGUUGUGUCCACUAGUGAUGAUAUUACAGUAUGUGAGUGUGAUCAUCUCACCAACUUUGCUGUCCUUAUGAGUCCAGUUGCAUCUAAUGUGACAAGUGAAUCAUGGAAGAUUCUUGGUAUCAUAUCCAUAGUGGGUUGCAGUUUAUCUAUAGGAGG